GGUGCGGCCGAUCAUGUAAACUGUCAAUACAAACGUAGCAGUAGCUACCACGUUAGCGAUCAUUGUGGAAACGAAAGAUAUGUCUUUGCUAGUUAGCUACAUACCCAGCUAGGUCACUUUAUUCGACAUUUCAAAUAAAUAGCCUCUACAUAGAUGAUAUGGACGAACAGCAUUUACUGUUCAAAGUAACAGGUCGCAACUUAACAAGAAUCACCUCAAAUGUCUAUCACUAUUUUCUGCUAAGUUUGUGAAACACUCAAUGUUAACGUUGGCCAGCCAAAUGUUAAGCUAGGUAGCUAGCGUUAGCCAGCUCAAACGGGAUCCAGGCCGUCGCCAUAUUUGACCCAACCAAAAUGGCAGCCCUGAAGAUUAACCAACACAAAGCUAGCUAACCAGGCACAUGUUUCUCGGGUUUUUUCUACUUUCAUCAGUAGAAGAGAGAAUCAAAUUACUGGGAAAAACUGGCUGCAUAACAAGAUCGACCACUGCCGGAACACAGGCAGGAUCCCUGUGCCAGGAAACCAUGAUCAAGUUCCUGCUUAUGGCCAACAAGCAGGGUCAGGUCCGCCUGUCCAAGUACUACAAGCAUGUGGACAUUGCCAAGAGGGCAUCACUGGAGGCUGACAUGGUGAAAAGUUGCUUGUCUCGCAGGAAAGAAGAGUGCUCUUUUGUAGAAUACAAGGAAUACAAGCUGGUGUAUCGGCAGUAUGCAGGACUAUACAUCAUAGUGGGAGUCAAUGAGACAGAGAACGAACUUGCUAUUUUCGAGUUGGUGCACAACUUUGUGGAGGUGCUGGACAAGUACUUCAGCCGUGUGAGUGAGUUGGACAUCAUGUUCAACCUGGACAAAGUGCACAUCAUCCUGGACGAGAUGAUCCUCAAUGGGCACAUAGUGGAGACCAACAAGAGCCGAAUCCUGGCCCCCCUGCUGGUGCUGGAUAAGAUGGCAGAGAGCUGAUCAAUGGAUACAGCCAAAGAACCACAGAGGAAACAAUUUAAAUGCUACAUACCCACCUUACUAUAUUAACGAUACUUUGCCUGUAUCAAUGAAAUAAAUACCAGUGUAUCACAGAA